UUCUGUAGUCAGAGCAGUGAGUGCCCCCGCUGCCCCCCUUCCUGCUCCGAGUGAAAACUGAGAUAGUGAGGAAAAAGCAACGGGAGGAAAGACCAUGGAGGGAGAAAGCUGGAUGUAUUAGCCAGUUUGCUACUUUGGGCAACUUUUUCCUUCUUAAGUUUUUGCCUGCGCAAGUCAAAGCGUCUCAAUGUGGCGAUAUCCGGUGUGUAUUGUAUGUGCUGGGAAAACGUCGUAAACCUUAACAUUCAAACAUUGAACGACAGUCUGACCGCGGACUGUUAGCACAACCCGACGAAAGUUAGCCUGUUCCGGCUAACUUAGCCUGUCUCGGCUAGCAAGAAAGGACAAAAAACAGUCUAGUGGAAAAGGAGUUAAGGGUAGAAGUGACGCUGCGGCGUCAAGUAACUAGUAAUGUUGCCUCUCGGGAUUAACUUCAGAUACGGAUGAGAAAGAAAUUGGCGACUGGGGAACACCGAGAGCAACUGCGAGCCAGAAGACCACUGCUAUGUUGGGGUUGAUUCAGGGCUCUGGCAGCCCGCCUGAGUCCCGAGGUUGGCCACACUCGGUGCUGUGGAGGUUCGGGGGCUUCUUCUUCCUUCUGCUGCUGGAAGGGGCUGGCUGCCUCGCCAGCCCGAGCAGUACUUCUAGCGUCAACAACAACAAUAACAACAACGACAACAUCAACAACCCUAGUGUCAACAUAUACAUGAGUGUUGAGGAAGUGAAGAAACUUUUGGGCCUAGAUGCAGAGCUCUACUAUGUGCGAGACGACGUGGUGAAUCAUUAUGCUCUCUCCUUCACCCUGCCUGUGCCCAGUGAGACCAACAGCCUUCACUUCUCAUGGCAUUCCAAGACAAAGGUUGACUACCGGCUUGGCUUUCAAAUGGAGAACCCUGUUGCCAUGAAUCAACCACGGAGCAACAUCUCCAGUCAGGGGGAGGUGCCCCGUGUUUCCUCUGUCUUCAGAGUGGACCUCUUCUGUUCCGGCAAGGUAGAUUCAGAGGCUAUGUUAACAGUGCAGCUCAAUCUCACCAUACAUGCCAACAACUAUACAGUGCUCAACUUCAAGAGGAGGAAAAUGUGCUAUAAAAGAAUAGAUUCCGACCCGAAGAUUCCCGUUCCCCUCAAAAAUAACACUCUUCCGCGGUCUGACUUAGAUGGUCAGCCCACCCCGACCACCUCCACCCAGGUGUUCUACAUAAGUGUGAGCGUCUGCUGCAUUGUCAUCUUCCUCGUGGCCAUCAUCCUGGCCAUCCUGCACCUGCACAGCAUGAAGAGAGUGGAGAUGGAGGACAGUGUGAGUGACAGUGGAAGCUCGCAGGGCCUUUCUCAGCCGUCCACACAGACCACACAGUACCUGAGGGCUGACACUCCUAACAACGCAGCCCCCGUCACCAACAAUCACCCUGGUUCUGCACCCAUUCUCCAGCUUGCUGCCUCCUCCUUCCAAAACCCCGGUGCCCCCCCUCAUGAAACCAAAAGUUACCCAUCCCUCCGCAUUGAGAAGAACGACCUGAGGAGUGUUACCAUGAUGGAGGCCAAGGCUAAAGUGAAAGACAUUGCCAUCUCAAGGGAGAGGGUCACAUUACGAGAUGUCUUGCAUGAAGGCACGUUUGGCCGCAUCUUCCACGGUGUUCUGCUGGAUGAAAAGGACCCCAGUAAGGAAAAGCAGGUCUUUGUGAAGACAGUGAAAGAUCAUGCGUCUGAGGUGCAGGUGACCAUGAUGUUGACUGAAAGUUGCAAGCUUCGUGGACUUCAUCAUAGAAAUCUGUUGCCCAUAAGCAAUGUGUGUACGGAGGACGGAGAGAAGCCCAUGGUGCUGUUGCCUUUCAUGGCUUGGGGGAAUCUCAAACUGUUCCUGCGACAAUGCAAGCUAGCUGAGGCUAACAACCCACAGGCGAUCUCUCAACAAGACUUGGUUUACAUGGCCAUCCAGAUUGCAUGUGGAAUGAGUUACCUGGCUCGUAGGGAGGUCAUACACAAAGACCUCGCUGCCAGGAACUGCGUCAUUGACGACAACAUGCAGGUGAAGAUAACAGACAAUGCCCUUGCCCGGGACCUAUUUCCCAUGGAUUACCACUGUCUGGGGGAUAAUGAGAACAGGCCGGUCCGCUGGAUGGCCCUGGAAAGCUUGCUCAACAACGACUUCUCUAGUGCAAGUGACGUGUGGGCCUUCGGAGUGACUCUGUGGGAGCUGAUGACCCUGGGUCAGACCCCGUACGUCGACAUCGACCCCUUUGAGAUGUCGGCCUACCUGAAGGAUGGGUACAGAAUAGCACAACCAAUCAACUGUCCAGAUGAACUGUUUGCAGUGAUGGCUUGUUGCUGGGCCCUGGAUCCAGAGGAGAGGCCCAAGUUUCAGCAGCUUGUUCAGUGUCUCACAGAGUUCCACGCAGCGUUGGGCGCCUACGUGUAAAAAAAACAACAACUAAAAACAAGCUUCUUCCUUUCUUCUUUUUUUUUACCACAAACCGCAACACUAAAGGCUGGUGGACACUAUUCAUAAGGAAUACAUGAAAUAUGAAAAUGUGCCUUAUCCGAUCAAAGAGCAGACUUAAGCCUGAUGCUUGUAUUUUGUACAGUUCUUUUUGGAGUUUUUAUAUAGUUGAAUUACCUUCUUACAGCAUAGCAAAGUAAAAGGAUUCUUUGUUAAAUAUUGUUUGCUUUGAAAGCGUCUAGAAAUGGCAAUUACGAUGCUCUUCCCUUGCAUUCCUGGACAUUUACGUGCCAUCGGACACAUUUUUUAAAGAACAAUUUACGCCUCUGACAACCUGGUUUUAAAGACAGUAUUUUUUAUUUUCUACAGUUUUGUAACUUAGUGAAACAGUGUAGAUGUGUUGUGGAUGAGAAUGAUUUUAGGUACCAAAGUAGGCUUAAGGGCUUCGUUUUUAUAUGUAACCAUACUCUCAAACAUGCUGCUUCACUCUGCUAAUGGUGAGCUUUGGCCUCUUGGAAAUCACAUUUGUGUUGAGAGGAUUUCUUUACGAAGGGUACACUGAUGACACUAAAGAAACUUUUCUUCGUGGAUCGACAUGGACACCACAGCUUGUACAAGAUCAGCAAAGCUACAUAAAGGACUUUUUUAAAAACAACAUCCAGAGUGAAUUUUGGACACUAUUAUUAUUUGAAUGACACCACCUUCUUCCUCUUUUGUAAAAAUAUUUUCCCACUAUCACAACCUCCAAACAAAAUUAUCUUUACGUCUCUAUUUUAUAAGCUUGACUGUUCUGCGUCAGAACACAGCCCUUCACAGGAUUAAUUUGUCUUUUUCUUUGUCAGUAACUAGAACACUAAUAAUGACUGUGAACACACACAAACUGCCUACCAGCUUGGUCUAAUCUUAUUCUUACACCUUUUACAUCUUUGUGAUGUGUUUUUAUGGUCACUGCAUGUUGAAUUAAGGUUUUAAACUGCUUCCCGAUUUCAUAUCCACAAAUUAAAUGGGAUCUUUUUAAAUAUA